AUAUCGAGAUAUUUUAGUAUCACGGUUUUAAAUGGCGGACUACGGUAAAAAGUGUGACGAAGAUUGUUCUUUUGAUUACGGCGACGACAAAAACAAGGGCGUGUGUCUUAUUAAAGAAGAAUUCAUAAUCGAAGAUAGAAUAAGAUUGCAAAAUGAGGAGUGCCUUGUCGGAUCAAACAAGCGGAGCGCGGAGGAAAGUAUCAACGCGAACGAGGAGGAACCAACGUCUCAUGAUUUUUCAUCGAAAAAAUUAAAAUCCGAAGAAAAGAAGGAAAAGCUUCGAGGUCAGAAUAAAGCCAGGCCACCACCGUUCAAAACCUUGCGCGAAACAAGUCUGUGCCCAUGGAUAGCGGAUCAGGCGGUAGGGGAACCUGAGAAAAAAUGUGAGAUUAAACAUUGUUCCUUUCUACACGAUCGAAAAGAAUAUCUGCAAUUAAAGCCAAGCGAUAUUAGCGAGGAGUGUUAUAUUUUCAAUUUAAUGGGUAGAUGUCCUAGAGGUGCCGCAUGCAGGAUGGGUACUAAUCAUCUGACCAUGGAUGGUUACAACAUAGUAAACGCAGAAAAAUUCGAAGAAUUUAAUAAGAAACCUGCUUCGACGCAAAAUCAAUUAUCCAAGGUACUCCAAAAUAAGCUUAGGAAGCAUAAAUAUAAUUUUUCGAAAGCCGAAGCAAUAGUUAAAAGAAACAGUUCAUCCGCCAAGAAGAUAUCUACCGAAAGUCAAAAGUUGAAAGAUUCCGUUGAAGAAACGUCUCGAUUGGAAUGUUCAAAAGUAAAAAAAGACGGGGAAGAAUUUGAGAAAGAUAAUAUAUCGAAUGAGAUUUGUGAGAAAAAAGAGUCAAGGAUCGGACCCGUAGAGGACUACGAUUUGAUUAAAAUUCGAGCUUCGGAAAAGAAAAAGAUCGAUUGGAAGAAUAAAAUAAUGUUAAGUCCUUUAACGACCGUGGGUAAUCUUCCAUUUCGAAGAAUUUGCAAAAGUUACGGCGCCGAUAUCACUUGCGGAGAAAUGGCAUUAGCUCCUAAAAUACUGAAAGGAGCGCACGAGGAAUGGGCGUUGGUAAAACGACACGAAAGCGAAGACAUUUUUGGCGUACAAUUGUGUGGUAAUAAUCCUGGAGUAUUGACAAGAUGUGCUCAAUUAUUGAACGAAGAAAUUAAUAUAGAUUUCAUAGAUUUGAACUUAGGAUGUCCUAUCGAUUUAAUUUACAGACAAGGUGGUGGAAGUGGUAUGCUCAAUAGAUUAAACGUAUUAGAAACGGUUAUAAAAUCUGUUAGUCAAGUUGUGGAAAUACCUUUAACGGUAAAAACUAGAACAGGGGUUUACAUAGAUAAACCUAUCGCGCAUAAUCUAAUGCCAAAGUUUCGAGAUUGGGGCGUAUCCAUGAUUACCGUUCACGGAAGAUCUCGCGAACGAAGGUACACCAAACUCGCAGAUUGGAAUUAUAUAGAAAAAUGUGCACAGGCAGCAAAGCCUGUACCUGUAUUUGGGAACGGAGAUAUUCUUUCGUACGAUGAUUAUCAAAGAGCACUAAACACGUACACUUCCGUACAAGGGGUGACUAUAGGAAGAGGAGCAUUAGUAAAACCAUGGAUUUUUACCGAAAUGAAAGAGAAAAAGUUGAUAGAUGUGAGAAGUACAGAAAGAUUUGAGAUAUUAAAGAAAUACGUUAAUUAUGGUCUCGAACAUUGGGGAUCCGAUACGCGAGGAGUUGAAACAACAAGAAGAUUUAUGCUAGAAUGGAUCUCCUUCUUACACAGGUAUGUACCUGUUGGAUUAUUGGAAAGACCACCGCAGAGAAUCAACGAGAGACCACCAUUUUACAAAGGUCGAGACGAAAUGGAAACGCUUAUGGCAAGUUCUAAUUGUACGGAUUGGGUAAAGAUAUCAGAAAUGUUACUUGGAAAAGUACCCGACGGAUUCCAUUUCUUACCUAAGCAUAAAGCAAAUUCAUGGGAGUAAUAGGAGAAUUAUGUCUUUAUUUUGUUUCUCCUCGCGAGAAUUUGAAAAAUAAAUCUUAACCGUGAACAAAACAAC